UGAUUCCUUGGGCACAAAACACACCCAAUUUCGGAUUGGCCCGGUGAAGUGAAGAGGCAAUUUCUUCUCCGUUUCCUCUUAUUGGCGUCUUCUGCAACAUUUCGAAGUUGUUUGCUGACUUGCUCUGUGCCUUGUAUUUCCAAUCUCCGUUUCUCUCUCUGUUUCUCAAUACUUGCUUUGUGCUUUUGUUUGUCGAGGAAUUUGUCCCUUUCCGUUGCAAUAACUUCACUUUUAAAUAGGAAAUAUGAUUCUUAAAACUUGAACGGGAAUGCAUUUUCUUUUUAAACUUUUAUAGGCGCGAUCGACUUAAUUAUUAAAUCUUGUUGAGUGAUAUCAAGAUCCUUAGCCUUUGUAACUACAACAUGACAUUUAUUUUGCUGGUCAAGAAAGAAUGUGAUAUUUAUUGUAGCAAGUGGUGACUUUCUGAUUGUGCAUCGGUGAAGAUUCUUAUCAGUUAGCCAUUGGGGAAUUUCAGUUGUGAACCCCAGAAAGAAACUUAUGGAUCGCCUCAAUGAUCCUCCCAGUCUCGUGAUAGUUUCUGAUCUUGAUGGCACUAUGGUAGACCAUGAUGAUCCUGGAAACUUAGCCCUUCUCAGGUUCAAUGCGCUAUGGGAAGCCAGUUACCGGCACAAUUCUCUGCUUGUUUUCUCCACUGGUAGAUCACCUCCAAGUUACAGAAGGUUAAGAAAGGAGAAACCAUUAUUGACCCCUGAUAUAACAAUCAUGUCUGUGGGUACUGAGAUUGCUUAUGGUGAAUCCAUGGUGCCAGAUGAUGACUGGAAACGAUAUCUGGAUAAUAACUGGGACAGAAAAGCCAUUACACAAGAAACGGCCAAGUUUCCUGAACUAAUUCCCCAACCUGAAACAGAGAAUCGACCACACAAAGUUAGCUUUUAUGUUGAAAAAGGAAAGGCCUCGGAAGUCAUUCUUGGUCUCUCCAAAUGUCUAGAAAAACGCAGGUUAGAUGUGAAAAUACUUUAUAGCAAUGGUACUGCUCUGGACAUAUUGCCCCAAGGUGCUGGCAAAGGACAGGCCCUUACCUACUUACUUGAAAAAUUCAAAGCUGAUGGCAAGGGACCAGUCAACACUCUUGUCUGUGGAGACUCAGGAAAUGAUGCUGAACUUUUCAGUGUACCUGAUGUCAUGGUCGGUAAUUCACUGGAGGAACUGCUUCAGUGGUAUGCAGACAAUGCAAAGAGCAACCCAAAAAUAAUUCAUGCAACUGGGAGAUGUUCAGCGGGUAUUAUUGAAGCCAUUGGUAACUUUUCAGUAGGUCCAAGUGUGUCUCCAAGGGAUAUUACUGAGAAGUCAGUUGAAAAACCUUUUAAUCCUGGGCACGAAGUAGUGAAGCUUUACAUAUUUUAUGAGAGAUGGCGGUGUGGAGAAAUUGAGAAUUCUGAGCAGAAAAUGCAAACUGUAAAAUCAACCUUUCAUCACGCAGGAAGUUUUGUCCAUCCAUCAGGAGUUGAACAAAAUAGGCACCAAAUCUUAGAUGCCUUUGAGAAAUUGUAUGGGGACAAGCAAGGAAUACGCUUUCAAGUCUGGGUGGAUCGCGUGUCUUUUGCAGAGAUUAGUUUGGGAUCAUGGCAGGUCAAAUUUGACAAGUGGGAAUUAUGUGGGAAUGAAUUGCAAGGCUGCUCAACAAAAGUUUUAAUGAAUUCAAAGGUUGAUGCACCAGAUGAGUUUACAUGGAUGCACUUGCAUCAGACUUGGUUGGAUUGUUCAGGACAAAAUGACAAGACUUGGCUUAUCUAGAUCAUCAUUUAACUUCAUAACAUUUUAUUGGGAAACGACAAUCAGGGACCUAUCUAUCCAUAACAUUAAUGUCAAAAGAAGACCUUGGAAUUCAGAAAU